GAGUUAUAAAUUAUAACGUUAUAUAAAAUGAAUUUGUAAAAAGAUUGUGAUAAAAAUGUGUUAGAAGUUUAAUGUCAUGUUUAAAAACAUAUAAAAGUAAAAAACAGUGUAGUGAAAAUAUCAGCAAUUCAAACAUGUCUAAAGAAUUGAAAACAGCUUUCAAAGAAGCUCGAGAAGCAUUCAAGCAAAAUAACUUUGCAGAUGUAAUUAAGAAAUGUAAACAGAUAUUAAAGAAAGAUUCAAAACAUUAUGGUUCAUUUAUUCUGUUGGCUGCCGCAAUGAAUGAGAUAGAAGAACACAAGCAACAAGUACCGCUGGUUCUUCGGAAAGCUACGCAGAUACAAGCAGAUAAUCCACUAGCUUGGCAUUACUUAAUAAUUUAUUAUGAAAAAAAUUUAGACAUCAAUGAAUCCUACGAUAAGCUAAUGCAAGCUUAUUGCAAAUUUUUGUUACUAGAUAGUGAUAAUAAGUUUUUGAAUAUUUUGAAUAAAAUCUUGGAUAUAUCUUUACAAAUUGAAAAUUCUGAAAUAUUAGUCGAAUGUAUUGAAAGCUUAGUUGAACUCCAAAAAAAAUUAGAUGAUGAUGAUAAAAUAAAGUUGAUCAAUAAAACAUUAGUAUGGAUAUUAAUAAAUAAUUAUAAUAAUUUAACGAUACCAAAAUAUCAGGACCUAUUAGAAAAUAAUUUUGUAUCUGUAAUCAAUGAUGAUAGUGUACCUGAUCGACAGGAUUAUUAUAGGAAAUAUUUUGGAAUAUUAUAUGACAAGGGUAAAUUUAUGGUUUUAAUUAAACAAGCUAUAAAUGUACAUGAAAAGUUUCCACAAGAUACGUUACCAUUGGAACAUAUAUGCAGAGUUUAUUAUGAACAAAAUAUUUUAUAUGGAAAUCAUGUUGAUAUUAAUAUAACACAGUUCUAUGAAAUUCUUUUAAAAUUAAAUGCAAAUUCUGAGACUGCUGCAAUUGCAAAAGCAGUAUAUUUAAAAGAAAAUGAUAAUUUGAUAGAAGCACGCCAAAUAUUAACAGAAAUACUUGUAUCAAAACCAAAUUCAGUGUAUGGUUGGAUAACAUUAAGUGAAAUAAAUGCAAAACUUUAUUGUUGGGAAGAUUCAGAAAAUGCUGCAAAGCAAGCAUUGAAAAUUCAGCAGAAUAAACAAAAUGAUAAACUGUUGUAUAAAAUAGACUUAUUGUUAGCUGAAUCUAUGAGUAGAAGUAAUAAUAAACAAAAAUGGGAAACUGCUUUGAAAAUUUGUGAAAAUAAUUUGAAGAAAUGUGCAUCAACAAAAUUGGAUGUAGUAUAUGCACGAAUUGCUAUAUUGAUGGAUGACCCUGAUGUUCAUAUUAAACUAAACAAUUUGGAAUCAAAACGUGAAACCAAAAUUCAAGCUAACAUUCUUCAAGCAUUUUAUUUAAAACGACUUAAGCAAUAUGAGGAAGCUGUAAACAGCUUAGACUCAGCAUUAGAAACAUCUGAAGCAUGGUUACUUCUUGGCAUGAUAUAUUGGGAAAUGGCAGAAUUUAAUUAUAGUCUGAUGGCUUUUUUAAAUGGAAUAAAGGCUGACCGUUAUAAUUGGGAAUGUUUGGUUUAUUUGGGUCACUAUUAUCGGGAACAUGGUAAUGAUAUUGAGCGUUCCAGAAGAUGUUAUCAAACUGCAUUACAAAUUAAUCCAAACUCUGAGGAGGCUGGUAUCGGUUUAAGUACUGCAUACAGACUGCUCAAAAAUCAGGAUGCUAAUAUUCAACUGUUGCAAAAAUUAACUGUACGAGAUAGUGGUCCUAAAUGGGCAUGGUUGCAGCUUGGUUUGCAGUAUUUAGAUCAGGGAGAUGCAACACAAGCUAUUAAAGCAUUUCAACAUGUUAUUAGAGCUGAUCCUUAUGACAAGCACUGCUGGGCAUCCUUAGCAGAUGCAUAUUUUGUAAGGGGUGCUUACACAUCAGCCUUGAAGUCAUACCAACGAGUAUUAGAAUUAUGUCCAAAAUCAUUAUAUCCCAUGAUACAGUUGGCAAAUAUAAAAUUGAUUAUUAAUCAAUACAAUGAAGCAAAAACAGACUUUGAAAAUUUACUAUUGGAUGAACCAAAUUAUAUUCCUGCUUUAAAAGGAAUGGCUGAAACUUGUUUAGCUUUAGCAAAGGAAUACAUUUCUAAACAAUUGUUGGGCCGUGCUAAAGACUAUCUACAACGAGCAAUGGACAAUUUAACUACAGCUGUUAAAGAACGCAAGAAUACAUCAUGUAUCUGGAAAUUAUUAGGUGAUGUAUGUUACAGAGUUGCAACGAUGCCAGAAAAAUAUAGUCAUUUGAAAGUAUCUUCUAUUUUAAUAAAACGUAACGAUACCGAAGAUGUUGUGAUGCUUAAACAAAGAGACCUAUUUCUUCUUUCUUCAAGAUGCUACUGUUGCGCAUUGUCAUUGACCUCACAUUCAUCUUUACUAUGGCAUGAUUUAGCUUCAUGUUAUUUAAUGCAAUUAAAACUUGAUCCAUCUGUUGAUCAUAAAAAACUAGCUGGUAAAUGUCUUGCUGCUGCAAAGCAUGCUGUUAAACUAUGUCCUUCAAUGUGGUUGCACUGGAAUCUUUUGGGUGUAAUCUGUAUGUCACCACACAUAAAAAAUUAUGCAUUAGCUCAGCAUGCUUUUAUUAUAGCUAUUGAUAAGGGAUUGAACAAUGCUACUGUUUGGUGUAAUUUAGGAACUCUAUAUUUGCAUAUAGGAAAUCUGUACAAAGCAAAUGAGGCUUAUUCACAAGCUCAGCGCGUAGAUCCAGCAUAUAUAAAUAGCUGGGUAGGGCAAGCUAUAAUUGCUGAAACGUUAUCUAGGAAAGAAGCAAUAGAUUUAUUUAAUCAUUGUACACAAUUGGGAUAUCACGACCAAGCUGCGUUGGGAUAUGCUCAUUUGGUACUUAAUAUGAUUUUAAAUUCUACCGUCAAAGAGAAUCAUUUUUAUACAUAUAUAAUAGAAAAAAUGCAUGCUGUGUCUGUGGCUACUGAUGUUAUGACUUGGUAUGUAGAGCAUCAUCCUAAUAAUAAUUAUGCUAGAAAUGCAUAUGGAUUGUUACUUGAGAGACAGAAACUUUAUAAGUCUGCUGCAGAACAAUUUGCUGCAGCUAUAUGCAUCAGUACUAACGAAGAACAGGAUUUUGUAUGUAUAAAUUUGGCACGUGUACUACUGCAACUUGCUAAAUAUGAUGAAGCCAUAAAAUUCUGUCAAGCUGUUAAAGGAAUCACUUACAAUUCCCAGUGUUAUUUAGCAUUAGCUUUAUUUAAAGCUGAGAAAUAUGAAGAAUCAUAUAAUACAUACGAAAAUAUAUUGAAUUUGUAUGCUAAAACUGAUGCACAAAAAGCCUAUACGCUAUGUGCAAUGGCAGCGAUAGCAUAUACAUUUCAAAGAGUACAGGAUGCAAGAAUUUUGCUGUUUCAAUGUAUACAAAUACAACCACCGAUUGUAAUUGGCCUUUUAGCGGCUGCAUCGUUGGGCAUAUUGCACGGAGAUGAAAAUUUAACUACGUUAGUAUUGAACGAAUUAAAGAUCUAUAAAAAUCAUUCUGUAUAUGGACAUCAUGUUAUAAAUUUAUUAACAUAUUUCUACAUAAUUAAAAAUAAUAUUAAAAGCGCUAUCGCUACUCUCUCUAAGGCAAUUUUUACAUAUCCUGGUGAUGUAAGGCACUGGGUACGAUUGCUAAGAAUAUUGUUGGAAACAGAUUUAAGGACUUUUAGUAAAUGUGCUCAGAAAACUCUAUUUCUUAGUAGAAGUACUGCUACUGAAAAUGUCGCACAUAUUGCAUGUGCAUCAUUUUAUAGUUGUUAUAUAAAAAAUUCGGAACCAAAUAAUAUUAGGUCAUUACAGAAAUUGCUAUUUACUUAUCCUGGUAAUAUUGAAAGUUGGGCUACAUUCAUAGCUGUAUAUUUAACAAGGCCUUCAAAAAUGAAUUUGGCUAUUGAUGCUCAACAAAUUGAAGCAUUUAUAUCAACAGUAAUACAAAAUUAUCAGCCUAAAGGUGAAAUGGCCGAAUGGCUAUAUAAAAGCAAAAGGAAAUUAAAACAACUUGCUUAAAUAAAAGAAUUUCUUAAAAAAUAAAAGACAACGUUUAGUACA